UAUAGAGCACUGGACAAAUCAACUUCAUUACCAUCCGGCCAACAAACAUCUUAUAACAUUGACCUCUAUUCGGGGGCGGGGACUUGUAGUGAGGGCGUCAUCGGAGCGGACAGCGCGGGGAAUGGAUCGUCGCGUUCUGCGUGACGUCACUGCGGAAUAUAUCAGAGAUGACCAUGUACACCUCGGGCUUUCGUUCCAGGCAGAGUAACCUGCCGUUAAGGGUGCCUGGACCUCCUUGCCUCAGUUUGUGUCGAACUGCAGAAAGGCCACACCUUACUAAGCAGUUUUACCCCAGUAUGAGACUACAGGUGGCAAAAAAGAAAAAAUGGUUUCACAGUAGAAGUGUCCAGCUUUCAACUGAUGGAAAACGAAGAGUAAAAUGUGAAUAUUUAGAAUGCGAAAGAGACCCAUAUGAAGGAGGAUCACGCAUGAUUCCAUCAAAUGGACACCGUUAUAGAGCAAGAAAUGAUAACACUCGAGUAUGGUUUAAAAUUACGAUCCCUUACGGAAAAGACUAUGACAAAGACUGGCUUUUGAAUGCUAUUCGUGAGGAGUGUGGCUUUUUUUUCAGGGCUGAGCAGUUCCACUACGUGAAAAAGAAGGCAGUGUUCUUUGUGGACAAGUUCUCCACCGCUAAGGCACUGCUUAAUGCUUCCAGAAAAAUCUAUGCAGAUCAGUUCUUCAAGAUCGUCAUAAAUGUAACUCCCUCUGUGUAUGGAAAUUAUGGAAACCGAACUCUGUGCCCUAGGGACAUGAAAACGGGGUCUUUGUGUUUCACGGACGAUCAUUACAAUAUCCAAGUGUGCCUCCAGAAACGAUACGACGAUAGAACAGCAAGUCUUGAUCUAAGCAACCUUUCUGUUGAUCCAGAUUUGCAGUCCACAGAUCAAUGUUUGUGCUUGAACAAGGCAUCUGAUGCUGGACUGAUACUGCAGAUGAUAGCAGAGCAUUUCCCAGAGGUUCUGUCUUUGGAUCUUAGUUACAACAACCUCUCCAGUCUUAUUGACUUUGCUGGCCUCUCUACUUUUUCCUCGCAGCUACAGAGUAUGAAUCUCUCCUAUAACCAGAUUUGCCAGGCUCAGGAUAUCAAUGUUCUACACAACCUGGAGUUGAAGGAGCUCUGGCUGGAGGGAAAUCCUUUCCUUGCGUCUUUGGAGAGCACCAGCACUUACUACAGGAUAAUAAUGAAUCAUUUCCCUUCAGUACAAAUACUGGAUGGACAUUUCUUCAAGGUGGGCUGCUUUUUUGGCAAGGUCCCUAGAAGUCUCCCCUCCGUUAAGGGCAGUUUCUUUGUAAAUGAAGAUGUCCGAGCAUUUCUGGUGCCAUUUAUGAACAGGUAUUUUACUAUAUAUGAUUCUGCUCACCGCCAGCAGCUGCUGCCUCUCUACCACGAGAACUCCUGCUGCUCUUUCAGUUUGCCGAAUAUUUCCCUUCCACACAUUUGUGUUGAACAAGCGAAGGACUACCUGAAAGAGAACAGGAACUUAUUGCGAGUUAGAAAAGCAGCAUUAAGGCAGCAGCUGAUGAAGUACAACCGAUUGCAAGUGGUGGGAUUCCUGUGCAACCUUCCUAGUACAGAGCAUGACCUGAGCUCCUUCACUCUGGAUGUCUGGUUUCAGACUCCUUCCCUAAUAGGGUUUUCUGUAGAUGGAAUAUUCAAAGAAGACACACAGAAAUGGAAGAAACUGUGUCGAUCAUUCAGAAGGUCUUUCCUCAUUGUGCCGGCAACGGAAGCCUGUGCUCAGAUUUUGAAUGACCAGUUAGUCAUUAUAAACUCCUAUGUGGAUCUGCAUGAAGACAAAAAUGGAGCAGAGUCCCCUGACAUUGACACCCCUAGCAACAAUUUGGCGCUGUAUGAUAGUAAUAUGGCAGUACUCACGAAUUUUUCUGAAUCUACUGGAAUGAAGAUGGAGUGGGCACUGAAAUGCCUUGAAGACAAUAACUGGAAUGUGGAACAAGCGCAAAAUAUUUUCAAUCUCUUGAAGGAAAGGGGAACAAUCCCUGAAGAUGCCUUCCAAGUAUCCCUUUAAGUCUGCAGCCCUUGUGCAUUUAUCCAUGCAGAGACCUCGGAAACUGUUAACUUAUUAACAUUGGUUCUGUGUGGACAAGAUCCUCAGGUUUGUGAGUCCCUGCAACUCACAAGUCAUUUGUUGGUGGGAAGUGGUGCAAAAUAAUUGCAUUUCCCCCGUUCUUGUUGCUAAGGCAGUGUCUAGGCACGAGAUGUUUCCUUUGAGCCCUUCAGCACUGCCGGUUCCCUUGUUUGAAAAAUAUAAACUGUUGGUUUUUAUUCUAUUUGUAAAAGUUAAGACCUAAAUAUUAUUUUGUUUGUCUUAAAUACAAUCGUUGGAGUUGG